AUGCAGAAGGCGAAGGUGAGCAAGACGGUGAAGGUGAACGUGUUGUGCUGCUUCUACGAGGCCUUGCUGUCCUGUGCUUGCGAGGAGAAAGUCCACGCCACCACAAGCUCGCCAACGAGAAUUUCGCAGACGUACAUGGACGACAUCAAGGCAGUCCUCGACCGCAAGGACCACUGCCUCAACGUCAACAACUCCGAUCUCCACUUCUUCGGCGACCUCGGCAAUAGGAGACUGCUUCAGAGGAUUGUGCUCGAAGCCCUCCAUGAGAGAAUCACUGCUCUGUGGUGGGAGUCUGCUCUCAAGCUAAUAGUCAUGCUAGGAAAAUGUAAACAACCAGAAAAAGCUGAGGAGCUUUGUCAAGCUAUGAUUGACCAAGGCUGUGGUGUCAGCCAUGAACCUUAUACUGCUCUUAUAUCUGCAUAUGGUAGGAGCAGUCUCUUUGACAAAGCAUUUUCCCUCCUUGAGCAGAUGAAGAAUACUCCUGAUUGCCAGCCUGACGUCCAUACUUAUUCUAUCCUCAUAAAAUCUUGCCUGCAGGUUUUUGCAUAUGACAAAGUACAGGCUCUGCUUUCAGAUAUGGAAAUUCAGCACAUUAGACCCAACACCAUCACAUACAAUACCCUGAUAGCUGCUUACGGAAAUCUAAAAAGUAUUGCCCACUUAUCCUUCCUAUCCAAAAUUUUGAAUGCUAUUUUAGUUGCUGUGAAUAAUCUACUGUAA